CAAAGGGUUUAUUUAGAAAGAAUUUCAAAAUUAAAAAUAACUUAUAGUAUUAAAUUUAUUAUUUUCUUUCUGUAAACAUAUUACCACAUCAAAACCCAUAACAGUAGGUUGCUUAGUAUAUUUUAAUUGUAAACCCUUCCUGCCACUAAUGAAUGGAACUUUUGAAACUGAUAUUUUAUCCUACAUUUUUAUCCUAAAAUAAAGGUCCAUCCAAUCAGUUCAGUAUUAAAAUUAUACUGGAAAGUGGUUUGUGAUGCCAGUUUUGUGACGUUAAAUGGAGUGCUAAGCUAUUGUAUAGUACAGUGGUCCUAUGUUUUUUGGAAAGAGAAGAGAAAACUGCUAACAAAACUAUCCCAUAUCUUUUUUAAGGUUUUGGGGAAAAAUUUUGAACCAAUAAUAUAUGCACAAACUUGUCAUGCUAAUGAGUACACAUUUACUCCUUUAUUUAAUAGGACACCUUGGGAAACAGUCCCAAAAUGUUCAAAAUGUUAAGGGAGGUCAUAAAUACUGUUAGGAUACAUAAAUUGUAAACUUUAUUUAAAUAUCAGAGACAUGAAUUUUCCAUUUGCCACCAGGAAACUUCCUAGGUCUUGUAGUUUUAGAUUAUUUAUUUAUAACUACCAUGAGUUGAUUAGAGUAUUAUUAUGCUACCUUUUAGCCUACCACUCAUUAUUUGAAAAUGGCAUCAGAAACUGUGUUAUUAAUGUGCUAUGUUCAUAUUUUAAUAUAAAUACAAAUGGCCAUGCAUUUUUCUUAUUGGAAAAUUCCUUACCAAUUUACUGUUAUGGCCCUAUGUGGAGAAUGCUACAAAUGCCAAAUUAGCUUCAUUUAGUACAAACAAAUUUUUAUGGCAUUGAAUUUUUUGUGUUGUUUUUUUUUUAAAUUAUAACAACAUGCACUACUGGGUAUUUCCAUGUGAAAGCAAAUAAAAAGUCACUUGGAGACUUCCAUGUAUUCCAAUUCUUAUUCUUUUCCUUUCCCCCUCAGAUAACCAAUAGGGCUUCUUUUGAGACAUCAGUAGGGAUAUAAAUUUUAUGCCAAAGAAUAGAAAUGUGAAACUGUGACUUGGGAUGUUUUAUUGCUAAUAAUAAAAAGAAUGUAGGCACCUGAGCUGAUGGUGGGUGUUCAUAAGGCAAGGGGGUAGAAACAGGAAAAAUUGGCAUCACCUGCAAUGCCUAGAAACUUAAAAGAGAUAAAAGAGAUACAGGAGUGAAUGGAAGGACAUAAAGGGAAUGAAGUGCCAGUUUGAAUUUUGAAACUUGGCAAAUCAAAUAUUGAGAGAAUAAAGUAAAAAGAAGUAAAGUGUGGAAUUUGGGGGAAGACUGGAUGCUAUGUGUGGAAGUAAGUUAACUAAGCCUUGUUAAACCAGUCUGAGUCAGUCCAAACAGGGCACACCCUUCUGACAAACCAGGAAGCCAUAAUUUGUUUAUCUACCUGUGCCAGACUAUAUAGUUAGUGCUGUAGGGCUAGGAAACAGACGAGCAUGGACAAUAUCACACGUGUAAUUCAAUGAUUAUCUACAAAAUUGAUUUUAUGAAAAAGAAUUGAACCUGACAGCGGCCCAUUCUGGAAAGAUUGAAGUCAUCUAUGUUGCUGAGAAAAUGGGCCAAAAAUCUUCUCAAGAAGUGGCUCAGAGGGAUAAGCCAGAUCUCAUCGUCAUGUGUGACAUUUUCAAUCGAGCUGUGGUCUAUGCUGCUCAGAAACUGAAGGACUAUCUUGGAUUUGAAGAUCCUCUAAGCAAACUGUCCCCAGAUUCCAACACACUAAAUGAGAUCUUUUUAAUUCAUUUUAUUAACUUCUGUCACGAAAAUGGAAUGGACGAGAAGAUUACCACUAACAAAAUGACCAAGAAUCAGGCCUUGUUGUUUGGGGCUGACUGGAUCUGGACCUUCUGGGGAUCUCAUAAGGAAAUCCUGUUUCAGCUGGCUGUCCAGACUUUACAGAUGUCCACGGUCUUCCAUACUGAGUCUAAUCCCCGUGACCUGCUCGGCAAGGAAGCAGUGUUAGACGUGCAUUCUAGGGAGGAAAAUCGAUUUGAGAAGAUGGAAGAAUUCUGUAAUUUGAUAGGUGAGGACUGUCUGGGUUUAUUUAUCAUCUUUGGUGUUCCAGGAAAGCCUAAAGACAUCAGAGGAGUUCUCUUGGACAGUAUCAAAAACGAGAAAAUUCAAAACUGCCUGUCGGGAGAGAAGGCUGUGAAACAUUUUAUCUUAAACACAAAGAACUGUCUGUCUACCAAAGAACUGUUAGAAAACUAUCUGUGUAAAAAUGAUAGGCUGAAUAAGAUAGGCAAAGUUUAUAUUAAUUUUCUCUGAAUUUUAUAUAGGUUAAGUAAACCAAGAAAAUAUAAACCCAUAUGUCAAGCAAAGAAAAGGAUUCUAUUCUUUCAAGCAUAAGAGCAUUAUUUAAUGUGACAGCAUUAUUUUGUGCAUUAAAUGGGUUUAGGACAGUAUUGUAUAAACUGACAAAUUCAUUUCUUUUGGUGGCAAAAAUUAGCUAAGUCGUGUUCCAAAUGAUUGUAUUAUUGUGAUCAUGAAAAAGGGGGGAAAAAAAAGCCAUGAAGAAAUCUUUGGGGAAAAAACCCACAUAGUUCAAUGUAACAUUUGUUCAUUUGCUUGAGAAGCCAAUACUAAAUAAAACAACUCUGAAAGUUUGCUUUGCAA